GUUCAGCGAUGUCACGAUGGACAAGUCAGCGAGCCCCCAGCCCGAUCAGGUGCCCGCUCGGCUGUAUUUGAAGGAAUUGUCUACAUAUUCGGUGGUUACACCAAAAAGGAUGGCGACUACUUCAACGACACCUGGGCAUUCAACCCGCUCUACCACACGUGGACCAUGCUCGCUGCUGCUGGUGAUGUUCCAGCGCGGAGGACCGACCAUUCGAUGGUCCUCUACGACGGUUGUGUCUACACAUUUGGCGGUUUCGAUGGCAGGAAUCGUUUCAACGAUGUUAGUAUGAUGACGCUACCCGCCCAUGGAGCGUUCCGUGGAGGCUCACCUGUGGCGAGAUGGGAACUGAUAGAUGGUCCCGCAACAAGGGUGGCGACUGGGCAGGAGUGUCCUACUCCGAGAUUUGGGCAUUCUGCUGUGGUUCACGGCUCGUGUAUGUACGUAUUCGGCGGCUGGGAUGGUCACGACACGCUCAAUGAGCUGUGGGAAUUCAACUUCCCAUCUGGGAAAUGGUAG